CAGGUGUCAGUAACAUAACCUCAUAAUUUUAGAUGUUUUUAUGUUAACUUUAACUAAUUUGUGUAUAUCUGUUUAUAUUUAUCUGAUUUAAAACAUUGCAUAGUAGCUAAUUAUUUAAAAAUGAUGGCUGGCAGACUGGGAAUAACGAACCCGGCUAUCCCCGACAACCCUCUUAGUCUCUCAUGGCAUGAUUCGGCCUGGAUUCCCAUUCUAAAUACUUCCAAUAUAAUGGAAUACUUUUCCCAAGGAUCAAACCCUUUUUUUGAUAGAACUUGUAACAAUGAAAUUGUCAAAAUGCAGCGGCUCAGUACUGACCAAUUGCAAAAUAUGACUGGUGUAGAGUAUGUUCUUCUACACGUUCAAGAACCGAUUUUGUAUGUAAUUCGAAAGCAGCACAGGCAAAGUCCUCAGCAGGCUAUUGCUUUAGCAGAUUACUAUAUUAUUGCUGGUAUUGUUUACCAGGCUCCUGAUCUAGCAAGUGUUUUGAACUCCAGACUGCUAUCAGCCGUACACUAUUUGCAAUCAUCCUUUGAGGAAUCUUCAGGUUUUGCCAAGUAUCAUCCCAGUAAGGGCUAUUCUUGGGAUUUCAAAUCUCAGCGAGCAGCUGAAAAGGUAAAAAAAGAUGAAAAACCAAGGGAAGAACCUAGUUCGUUGUUUCAAAGACAAAGGGUUGAUAUGUUACUAGGAGAAUUAAUAAGAAAAUUCCCCUUGCCUGCUCCUCCUCAGCCUAAAAUACCACCAGCUCCACAAAUUAAACAAGAACCUGACAAUGGAGCUCCUGAGAAUAAGGAGAUAAAAAAGGAGCCGAAACAGGGGAAAAUCAAACCACCUCCAGAGAAGAAACCAAGAUUACAUUGAAUUUUUUUAUCUAUGUACUUGAGAAUCAUCAGUUUUCUCAUCCUGUGACCAAGACACAAUUUUAUUGUAUAAUUGAGGUGAAAUAGUCAAUUUUUCUACUAUUUGUUUCAGUUUUUUGUAUUCCAGCUAUCGUUCACUAGCAUCGUCCUUUAUUAUAUUCCACUAUCUUUUAUUUUGCAUUCAUUUGCUUUUUUAUGUUAGAGUAUCUAAUAGAUAACUCAAUAUGGAACUAAAUAAUUUAAAUCUGUAUAUUGUGUAUCUUUUACUGUUUUUAUCUCUUUCUUUCCCCCUAUAACCUAGACCCCUGUAACCCUGUAAGAAUCAGUAAGGUCCUUUAAAUAUAAUUUUAGUUCGUUUUUAGAGCGGAUAGGCAUAUAUAAAAACAUUUAUUAUAGUAAAUAUAUACAUUAAAAGACAUAAUAAAUUUAUUUAAGAAAAAAUGUUUUUUCAGCAUUUUAGAAACAGAUGUUUACUCAUAUUAAGUAAUAACAUUUUUUUUGUAAGUAAUAUAAAGUAUUUAUUAUUGA